CGAAAAACACUUGCUUGAAUUUCUAUUCAUUUCAAAUACCAACCGCGACGUCGCCGUCGUCGCUGCUGUCGCUGCCGUCAAUGUCUCGCUACCCGAAAGUCGUAACGCCGCACAACCUACUGCUUUUUGCCGCCGGCAUGCUGCUCACGUCCUCUGCCACGUACGCUGUGCUGGCCCCGCGGAUGCAACGUACAGCCGAGCUUCAGCGCCAGCUCAACAAAAUCCACUGCAACAUGUACUGGAGCAUGUCGCUCGUUCAGCGCAAAUCACCGCUCCUUUUGCAUUCCCCCGCUGUCGCCAAGCCCACACGGCCGCCCUGGCCCCAGUGCUGGUGGAACGCCCGCGUUUUUGACUUUACGCACUGGGCCGCGCAGCCCGGCUUCCUGGUCCACCACUCGGGCCAGGCUCGACAGCUAGCUGCAGACGGGCUUGCCGCUGCUUGGUGCCAGACAAAACAUGCCGCUGCUAUUGCUGCGAGAGACCUGGCAUUGCACACGCGGCAUGCCGUUCACUGGGACGCCGCCGUGAGCCUAACACAACAACUUUGGGCCGACGAAAAAUCGAAAUGGCAGCUCGCUCACGCGUCCGCCAUCGAGGCUGUACACCCGCAUUACUCCCAGCCUCGUGAUUCCUUUAAUCCUCGGUGAUGAUAUUAAAGUCUUGU